AUGAGACUACGUGUCAAGCAAGCACGACCUAUUGAUUUGAAUGACGCUGUGCGCCAUGCGGUUGAACUAGAUGCCUUUAAUAGCGCUGAAAGAAAGCAUUUGGAAAGUCAGGGCUUUAUGAGAAACAUUUCAGAUAACACUCAUUCACAAUAUUCCAGGCAAAAAGCACCUACACCACAAUACACUGAAAAUAACCCUGACUUUGAAAAACGUCAAAAGACUGUAAAUGAUUUGAGUAAGGCAUUCUAUGAAUGGAAAGAUAAAUCAUCUAAACCGCCCUCAAUUCGUACAAACAUGGGUACAAGAAAAGACCAACAAAACAAAAGGAAAUGCUAUACAUGUGGGUCUGAACAGCACCUAGCUAAUACGUGUCCACAAAAGGCGAACUCUAGAACAUUUAGCUCAUCAAAACAAAAAGGCCAUCUUCGAAAUAUCGCAUCAUUCGGAGCAGGGCUCUUUCUUAAAUGUAGCAUUAAUAAUAUUACACUUGAAUGCCUGGUCGAUACCGGUGCUACACUGACUUUACUUUCUCACAAAACAUGGGAUCUGAUAAAAGACAGAAAUACAGCUUCUUUGGAAAAAUCCAAUAUACAAAUCUCUGCAGCUUCUGGCGAUCAUUUGAACGUUUUAGGCAAAACAUCAGUUAUUUUUGACAUUAAUGGAAUCCAUGUAGUUACAGGGGUACUCAUUGUUGAGAUAGAUAUUGAUGGCAUUAUAGGUUUAGACUUUAUGAAAGCCAAUAACUGCCAAUUAGACAUUCACAAAAACACUAUUACUGUAAAAGGUACACCUUGUCAAAUGGUACAGGCUGGUCACUUAGUUUGCUACAGGGUAACAAUUGCAGAAAUGUGUUACAUUCCCCCCAAUUCAGAAAUGAUAGUGACUGGAGAGCUUUCUAUACCAUCUGCAAGAAAAAAUGAACUUGGUAUUAUAGAACCAUUACAUGACUACAAUAAAUGCAAUAUGGGCGUAGUAGCUAAAGCACUUGUGCAUGCCGGAGAUACCGUUCCUGUUAGGUUACUGAAUACAAGUCAGGAAACGGACAAAUACUACCCAGGUACACACAUUGCCAAUUUAAGCCUCGUGUCUCAAAUAUCCCCGGUUUCUGCUAGGACACAAAGUCAUGUGCACGCAAAGCAAGUACCAGAACAUUUGUCAGAUGUUUAUCAAAGAGCUACUGUAGGGCUUACAAAGACACAAUGCCACCAAGUAGUUGAUCUUUUGAAAAAGCAUUCUAAUACAUUUUCCAAGACUGAUACUGACAUUGGUAGGACGGGCAUUAUAAGACAUAAUAUUGAUAUAGGAAAUUCCCAUCCCAUCAAACAAACUCUACGAAGAAUGUCAGUUCACAUGCAGGAGGAAGCAAAUAAACAAAUUCAAAACAUGCUAGAACAAGAUGUCAUUCAACCAUCUUCGAGUCCUUGGGCAAGCGGCAUUGUUAUGGUGGAAAAGAAAGACGGAACAAAAAGAUUUUGCAUAGACUUUUGA